GUUGACUUGCCGAUCAUCGUCAAUUGGAGACCAUCGUCAUCACUCCCUCCGACUGUCCAAGUGCCCCUCGUAGCAUCAGAAGAUGUUCACAGGUCUAGUCGAACAUCUCGGUACGGUGACGUCGAUCAAAGAGCAAGACACGACAUCAUCUGGCGGCGGCGGCUGGUCUGUCACUAUUGGCCAAGCUAAACCCAUCCUAUCAGACUGCAGCAUUGGGGACAGCAUAUGUAUCAAUGGCGCCUGUCUCACCGUCACCGAGUUUGACGAGGAUAGCUUCAAGGUCGGCCUUGCGCCAGAGACUCUCGCGAGGACAGAUCUAGGCGAUCUCAAAGUAGGCAGCAAGGUCAAUCUGGAGCGCGCCAUGGCCACUGGCGCACGUUACGGCGGCCAUUUCGUACAGGGACACGUUGACUCGACGGCGAGGAUUGUUUCGCGGCAGCCAGACGGCAACUCGAUACGGCUAAUAUUUGAGCUACCUGAAUCAGCCGAGCAUUACAUGGAGGCCAUCAUCGAAAAGGGCUACAUCGCCCUCGAUGGGACGUCCCUCACGAUCACCGAGGUAGACGACACGCAGCGGCGUUUCGGCGUCAUGCUCAUCGCUCACACGCAAGACAAAGUCGUGUUGACCGACAAGAAAGAGGGUGACAAGAUCAAUGUCGAGAUUGACGUCGUCUGCAAGAACGUAGAGAAGAUUGUCAAAAGCGCUCUGCAAGGAUCGGGACAAGCAGGAGGUGCUAUAGAAGCACUCGUCGAAAAGGUCGUUGAGCGUACGCUCCGAAAGCAUCAGCUCAUAUAGUCCCCUCGGUAGACUUGUCGCAAGCAAUGUUGUUGCAAUCCGCAUACCCCACAGACAUCUUUACGGGAAGGUCGUGGUGUGAGCUUGUAUGACCUCUCCCUCAAUCUUGCAGACUUCCGUAUCCUCCUCAUCAAAGAAUUCUCUGCAGGCCGUGGUGAAGGGGCCGCAUGUGACUUGGACAUCGAACUGUCGUUUUGCAAUCUCGACUCGCGUAAAGCCGACGAACACGUGGUAUCGGAGCUUGCUGUCCAGACGACAGCAGUCUUGCAUAUUUGCAGGAUCGGACUUGAACUCGGCAGGAAUCUCAAGGAGCACAUCGUGCCCUACUACGUCGGCCGUGUGGAGUCCACCCAC